GACUUGACGAUUACCAUCACUAUCACAAAUCAAAACAAAACAAGGUUUUUUUUCAUUAAAAAAAUUGGACGAAAUUGGUGGCUUCGGUGUCCUCGCCACAACGCACCCACCCUUCCUUGGGUGCCUUAAAGGUAAUGUUGGAGGCACACCCCAUCUCCGGCAGACCGGAGUCUAUUCCUGGUGGAUUAGGAUCGGCUCAUUUCCCCGCCCAAGCAACACUUAACGUCGAACUCCAGCCGUCGCCCAGAUGAGAAGUGGUCAAAGCGACAAUGGAAGGGAAAACUUUGUACGCUUAAAAUUACAAGUGUUUGGCAAAAUUGCCCCGGAGGGUGAAUUACACGGCACCAAAUUGGAGGCGUUUGCCAACCGGGUCACCUAAUCCUGAGGAGCUCCAGAGGAAAAGAAGGGACGUGCUGAAAAGACGUAGUUGGACGCGUGGCUGGGGUGCGGAAUUAUUGCCUCUAAUUCCAGAUUAGAUUUCACAAGUUCAACGUUGUUUAUUGUCGAAGCUGCAGCCAGAAGAAGAGACCGCUAGCGGCGAAACCCAGCGUGAGUCCGCACGGAGCCCAAUGGUCCGGAGGAUUAUUUCCGCGUCUGCGCCCGAGGGCCCGGAGGCAGUGCGUCGGUGAUCCCAGAGAUGAUCACGUGUUCAGCGCGGGUAUUCCGUAUGUGGCCGUCUCGGAGGCAGUUACUGGAGUUGCUGACGGUGAAGGCUGCUGCUGCUGUUGAUCGCUGCUGCUGCUGCGGCUGAUGCUGCUAAUCGCUGCUGCGGAUGAUGCUGCUAAUCGCUGCUGCUGCUGCUGCGGCUGAUGCUGCUGCUGAUGGACGACGUAGUCUUCACGACCAGGGUAAGUCCGCCAGAUGCUGUUUACUUGUCCAGUUCUCGGCAAAUCUUGGAGCCCAUCAUGGAGGAGACUAGCGAAGACGAGGAACAUGGCCAGUGCACCUGGAGUGGCUGCCCAGAGCAGCGCUCCAGCUUUUGGAGCUCCAUUAAGUCUGAAUCGGGCACAAUGGUACGCAUGGUGAUUAAGGAUGUCGAUUCCAUGUCUGAGCGUGACUUUGCCUGCCCGCCCAAGAGACCAAGGCGUAGUUUGGACACCGAUCCUUGCCAGGGUUUUGAGGAUAACGUCCUGAUGCGCCGCCCUCAGCGUCAGCAUUCCGAGUACCACAAUAGUUUAGAGCGCUUUCUGGUCUCAGAUACAUGUGCUCGGGAUAGCUGUGGAAGCCAGGGCCAGCGAAGCAACUCAGGCAAUCGGCGCGGCGGCUCCUUUGAGGACUAUAAUUCGGACAAUGACUCCUACCACUCGCUAUCACGCAGCUCUUCUUUGGUGCAGUUUGAGUCCCUCGAGCGGCAGCUUACACUCCAGGAGCAACACCAAAGUAUGAGCAGUUUGGGCAACAGCUCGCCCUCGCUUUUUACCAGCGAGCUAGGUGCCUCAACUCGACCCAGUGACAGCAAUCCAGAGAGCAGAAGAGAAUCUUCGUCGUUCCUGUCGCUAAUAAAGCGAUACGAGUCUAGCGACGGUCGUCUGCAUCAGACGUACUACGAGCUGAACAAGCUUAAAUUUGAGGACCAGCAGCGACUCUUCUCCAAGUGCGCGCACCAGACUGAACUGAAAUCCGACUCGGAGACCGGCUCCAGUUCCAGCUCGUCCAGCGAUAGCUGUAGUCAAAGAUCGUAUCUCGGCAGCGGAAUUGCAAGGAGAACAAAAAUUCAGCCUAUAACGGCCACCCGGCGAGUGCCGCCCAACUCGGCCGAAAAUCGAUCGGAAUUCUCUGGCUACUGUGAGCUCAGAACUCUGCAGCUAGAAAAGUCUAAAUGCACACCAAUGAAUUUCAAAAUACUCAGCGGGGAGGAGGAGGAACUGCUGCUACUGGAGGAUGGUUCGCCGCAUUGCCGAAACUCUCCUGAUUUGUGUCUGCCCAAAAUAGAGCAGACUACGGACACCGCCGCAUCGCCAUUCUCUCCCUGCUCUCCUUCGUUGUCUAUUAAUAGUUCCCCUGAGAGGGCCGGCUCUCGGACCGAAAUGUCUUCGCCUCUUCCGUCGCCGACCGGAUCGACCACAUCAACGUCGUCUCUCGCCUCGUUCACUUGGCUACGUAACAGUUUGCCCGACAUCCGCGAGCCGCGAGGUCCACUCUCAUUUGGAAUUGGCAACCUGGAUUCCCCUUACAGCUCCGUUCUGGGCCCAAGCAGCCACAUCUGCCGUAGCCAGAGCAGCAGUUCCAACGACAGCAGCUUGCCUACAACGACCUCUUUUCCCAACGAACUGCAACAGCUUGGACUGCGCCGCCGCAUGAGUCACAACCAUCAUACAAACAGCAGCGUGAGUAACAGCUGCAGCGAGGCGUUUGUCUUUGCGCGAGACCAAUCCCGCGACGACUUUUUCCUUGAGUGUCAGAGUAUUCCGAGGAGCUGCAGCGUGAGCGAGAGCGCCAGGCGAACACUGUGUGUGGCCAGUGCAGGGUAUCUUAACGCUAGCUAUCAAAACCUCACACUUCUGGACUACACGGACGCUUCUCCGCCAAAAGCUCAUUUAGAGAGAAAUCACAAGAGGAGCAAGUCGGAAGACAUGUCGGGAGGUAUCUACCAACAGAUUAUCUGCAAGAACAACUUCUUGCUGGACGAAAUCAGCAAGAUAUAUGACAAAAAUAUUUCCAUACUGACGGAUAAGCCGAUUCAGGAGGAGACGUUGCCACCGCCAGGGGGCUGUAUUUCUAAUGCACCCGAGGAGCCCCAAAUGCAGCACGUGCAGCUGUUUAUUAAGCAGCCACCGCGCCACAAGGGUUCGGCUAGUAGCCCCAAACAGUCCUUCGGCAAGACCUUUGACCAAGACCCAACCAAUCUGAGCACCAAUUACGCUCAGAGCCUUGAGCACUGCCAAUUUGUCUUGCAGGAUAUUGCGGUUCCGUGCCACCAGCAAGUCAUCUCGCAAAGACCACUGCCGAAGCGGCAGUUUCAGUCCUUAAAGCAACGCAGCCUGGUAAGCAGCACGCCAAAUCUAUCGGCUUGUGACAACGACCGGCAGGAGCCGGAGGACGAAAUCUACGUGAAUAGUGCUCACACCUCAAUGCACCACUUGCCUAAACCUUUAGGUAUCCUUCUGCACGCCGGGUCGCGACACUCGUUUGGCAAGGAAGUUAGCUUCUGUCCGGUGGUGAGCAAGUACUGCUGGCAGCUAAACGACGAUCAGUGUCGGUCCAGCGAGCAGGGUCCCUCGAGCGACGAAGAUCUGAAGGACGCUACUGUAGUGCACAACACUAAAGAGAAUGAAAACAUUGCCUCGCUUUACGAGCAGAACCAGGCGCUGCACUUAAGAGAGUCGUCGAUCGAAGAGAACGAAACCACCGAAUAUAAAGUCAACAUCGCCACACCCGAUUGCUUCGGUCAAAGAACCGAAGCUGAAACCACUUUGGAAAGCGAGCUUGCAACAAGCAGCGCAGUCAGUCUUGAACCUCGCGUUGUCGCCAACUUGUUCAAUGCAGCACAAGAAGGGAACGCACGACCCCUGAGUCUAACCCUGCCUAUUCUAAGCGAGCCGCCCACCAACCGCGCCCUCCACAUUCUGUACGCCUCACAGCAACUGCUUGAGCUUAACGAGAGUCCCCAGAUAUGCGAGAUGCUGCCAACCACAACUGUGGGCAGGGCGGACGAAAAACAGCCCGGCUCUAAGGGCUUACUUUCCAGAAUUACCAACGGUCUCCGCUUCUCUCUGCGCCGAAAAAAGAAGCUACAGAAUCUGGAGCAUCAUGAAGAGAAGGGGGCGCCUAAUCAGAUUUUGGUGUUCAAGGCGCCCAUUAGGAAUAGCACCGGAAGCGCCAAGUCAGGCGACUGUUUGCAUAUCCCGCUGAAGCAACCGAGAAGCCCACAAUUGGAAGACAGCAAGGCAUGCACUGCCAGUGUAAACAGCAGCCGUCAGCUGGGGCACCUAGGCAAGACCCCAACCCUGCAAAAAGUGGUGAUCUGUAAGCCGCCGCUGCCCAAGCUGCCAACCUGUAGUGGCAACCAGUCACCUUCGCCGUUGGGAGUUUCUGCUAGCGGCACCACAGCUGCCAAUGCCACCGAGCUGCUUCUAAGUGCCGAACAGGAACAGUACAAGCUAUUCGGUAAUCAGUUGACGGCGGACUUUAAUGCGGCAAAUAUGCGGGGCACUGAGUUACCAUCGCGGGCGAGAGUCGCACUAACGACGAAUAUGAUCACGGCCAGGUCCACUGUGGUUACCGCCGUUCCCGUGUCUGUUUCUUCCGUGCGAGAGGGAGGUAAGAUGGGUUUGAUCGAAACCAAUCUGGACACUCAUGAAACUGUCAUUUCGGGGAACACGCGUUCACUUAUGGAUAUAAAAUUCAACCCUCUUAGCUUUUCGAACAAGGCUUACAUUGUAAAGCGUCUAAAUGGGACCAGGGCUAACUACGACAUGGACAAUAUAGACGGAGAAGCUGUUAUAUCCUCUUCAGGCGAAGGUUGCGUCCCAAUCGCGUCCGUUCGAAGGCCGCACAAGAGUAUGGAGUUUCUGAUGGACAAGGAGAAUCAGAAGUUUGUUUUGGCCCCCGAAAACGAACUGCAAAAGUCGCACGACCAAAACCCGGGCGCCCUGAGCGAGCACCAACUUCGUGUCCUGGCAUCGCUUCAACGACUCAAUAUCCCCGAUUGGUUCCGUCAAUACAACAAAGGAUCCGGGCAGGCUCCAGAUGGCACAAAUGCCGCGACUGGGGAGUCUCCCGGCGCCUACCGUCCUGGCAACUUCUCGCGCAAGCGCACACAGGACUCGGGGCGCUGGCAGGGACUAAACGCAAAGACCACCUCUCUUAACUCCUUGGGAUCGCAGCGCUUCGACCGAUGUCCUUUACUGAUGAGUCCCUCAGCGCACAGUCACCACGGCGGUCAAAGCACAUAUACAUGCAGCUCCACGACAGGUCACGGCCAGGCGCCCGGCCAGACUGGAGUGUGUGCCUUGCGCUGGUCAACCUCGCACCUGAACUCCACCCAGACGUCACCCAGUGUCUCUCAGCGCGAAAGUUUUGCCCGCGGCGCACCCAUCAACAGCAGCUUCAUGUCCGUGUCCAGCAGCAGCGGGGUAUUGCGAAAAUCGUAUCGGCAGCCGUACCUGGGAUGGCGCAGCACCGAAAAGCUGUCCCAGCGGACUCCCCAUGAACGUCUGGCUAAUUCGUUGCUGGCACAUCGUACAACCCCAUACCUACCGCUUACGCCGAACGGAUCGCGACCCCUACAAUCUGUUACGCCAGAGAUUCAGAGCUCGAUCAAAGAAGUUACAUCUGCUAUCGUUCAUUACGUAAACGAUCGGGAACAGUCCCAACAUCAACGUAGCCGCUCAGCAAGUCCAAACUCAAGGAAAUGCUGGCUGGAGAGCAGCUUUGUGGGCACACGGCCCCUGGACUCGCCGCAGACACCCGUUAUUGAUAACAGCCCGUCCAAACUAGAACGCGAACAACAGCAGCAGCUCAACCAGUUAAGCCCGCAUCAACUGCAUUUGAAUGUCAGUCUGUCGCCGAUAGUCGCCGCUGUUCAACCGUCACUUCGCAUAAAUGGACUCAGCCGUAUCGGCGGCGGUGGUGCGCCCGAACGGUCGUUAAGCAGCGCCUCGCUAGAAGAUGUCCUAGCCUCGCUUUUAGGGCUGCCUACUGUCUUAUCCAGUCAGAACAGCAAUCACAACAGCAACAACAGACCCAAUGCGAACCCGCCGACAACAGAAUCAGACACAGCUAAUCGGCAGCAAUUGGAAGUGCUAUCGGCGGUCGAGCAGCUGCGGCUUCGUCGUCACAGCGAAGGCGACGCCCCUAAACAGAAAAAUCAACCUAGGAAGGGCCAGCCUGAAUCGCAUUCACAGUCCGAUUCGAAGUCCUUUGUAGCAGGAAUAAGUGGCCAGCAAAAUAUCUGCAGGGAAAGCCGAUGGAUCUCGUUGCACGACACCGCGUCCACAAAUACAAAUCCGGUCUUAUUACGCGGGGGACAGCUUAACGGGGAGCCGAAAGCGGGUCUGGGACAACAAAUCCGCUGCCGGAACACGAAGUGCGAACACAGUUCCUCGCCAAACGAUGCAAAGAAGCUCUUCAAGUCAUGCCAUAAUUGUUCCCAUCUAUACUGUUCGCGUGAAUGUCGACGAGCCCACUGGGAGAAACAUCGCAAGGCGUGCCUGCACUCGCGCGCUUCCAACCUGUGUCGCCAGGUGCUAGCUACCUGCAAAGACGACCUAGACUCGCAGCGCCACCUUAGUAUGCUGGCGCGCAAAGGAAGCCUUUCACAAGGGCGGGGCGUGGUGCGGGUGCUCUUUCGCAGUGCCGAGGCCGCUGAAGGCUUCAUUAAAAAAGGGUUCCAGUGCAUGGGGGAGGCCAAUUACGUGCGCUGGCCGGACCUUAUGCCCGCCGAAAUGGGACUGGAACUGUACUCUGAGCUCCUUAAACUCAGCACAGAGUACAAACCGGAGACCAAGAUGCUCAUUUACGUGGCCAUUUGCGUGGUGUCCGAGGCACCGGGCAUGGGACAGGCGCCGGUGCGCUGGGAGCGUCAACUAGUCAGCCGUUGCGCCAAACUGAAGCUCUGUAAGACGAUGCUGGUCGAGCUGGAGGAAAAGCAGACGGAGCUCCAGCAUCCGCCGUCGGGAGUGGAUGUGCCGGAGCGUACCGAGAUCCUCAUCCUCACCUUCAACUUUGACCAGCGCUCGUUGCACUACAAUCGAGAGCUGAUCCUCUCCAACAUUCUGGACAUCCUGUCAAGGCGCGGUGUCGCGUUGCGCAAACAUUAUCCGGAAAUAUUUCAGCGCUUGCAGGCCUACAGCGAAGGCCAGAGCGACAAGUUCAACCCAGUGACUCUGCAUCCGCGUGACACUCAAACGGGGCAAGGCUUUGUAUGCAUCAUCAUGCCAGUGCACUCUGAGGGCGAUUUUAUCAAGCUUCCUUCAGCGGCGGACGGUGUCAAUCGAGUGACUGCAAUAGACGUCGGAUCUCCCGUGGCUCUCGCCCACCUGGAUGAAGAUGAGCUGCUCCAAUGCACAUCCAAGGAAAGCUGAUUAAGGGUCGACGAGAAUAACUGCAGCAGCAUCAAAGGACGUCACUGUGGAAGAAGUGGCAGUGCCUUACUUUACAGCGACGUCUUGGGAUGUGGCAUGGAAAGUACCCGUAUGUGAGCCAUUUUAUAACCCCAGCUCUUUAACGCAUCUUUCACAUUUGGUCGAUUUUUAUUUUAUAUUCAAUUAUUAAAAGAGUUACAAUUGAGAUGUAAACAUAGUACUAUAGUUUAAUAAAAAUUAAUUAAAUUGUCAAAGAAUGACAAAAAAAUGCUUUCCUUGAAAAA